AUGCCUGACCCGCGCCUGCAGGAGGAGAUCGGGAAGCUGACGGUGCGCGACGGGGUGUGGACUAAGGCGGCGCCGCGGUCCGAGUCCUUCAUCCUCCAAAACUCCAAGGCCACAGACUUUCUAAACUACUGGACCCUCAACUUUGACCUCUCCUUCCUGUCCGACUCCGCCAGCAUCGCCGAGGCCUCCCUGUACAUCUUCCUGGCCGCCGCCAACACCGACAGCCAGUCGAUGCCCAGCCUGUCGCUGGAGGUGUUUGACGGCACCAAGAAGUUUGCUGAGGGCUGCCAGGCCAGCUGCUCCGCCGACACCAACGGCGUCACCUGCUUCAAGUGCUCCCCAAACAUGGCGGCCGUGGGGCAGGCGCCCUGCGUCGCGCCCGUGUGCGACGGAGACAAGAUCGGCGACGGCAGCUUCAAGGGCUCGGACACCAAGCUCUUUGUGAAGCUGGAUCUGACCGCAUCCCAUGUGAGGACGUUUGUGGGUGCUGGCAAGGGCCUGAUGCCGCUGACGGUGGUGAUGCCACGUCAGCGCAGCUCCCCGCUGGACGGCGCCAGCCUCCAGACACUGAUGUGCGGCCGCACGCGGCAGACCCUGGGCGAGGAGCAGGUCCUGCACGCUGCCGGUGCACGCCGCUGGGUCGACCGGCAGCAGUACCAGCCCAGCUACAACGCGGCCCCGGGGUUCCCCGCCCCGGUGGUGCGCGCAGAGGGGGAUGAGACGGUCGUCCACACCAUGAGGUGGGGGCUGGUGCCCAGCUUCACCAAGCUCAACGACAAGCCCGACUAUUGGCGCAUGUUCAACGCGCGCAGCGAGUCGCUGGCUGAGAAGCCGUCCUUCCGCCGCCUGGUGCCCAGCAAGCGGUGCCUGGGCCCACAGUGCUGCGAGGAGGUCAAGAAGCCCUCGCCUGCCUCCUUCUUCAAGCCACGCUCCUCUGCGGCCGGGGCCAAGGCAGCGGCGCAGCAGGAUGCAGGGACCAGCAAGGAGCAGGGGGCGGCAGAGGUGAAGGCGGAGCCUGGGCUGAAGGAGGAGGAGGGGGCAGCAGGAGCAGCGACGGAAGUAGUGGCGGCAGAGCCAGCCUCUGCAUCUGCGGCCAUGGUGAAGCAGGAGCAAGAGGGCGAGCAGCGACUGCAGCAGGAUGCGGAGGGAGGUGCAGGGCCGGAGCAGCAGCAGCAGGGCGGCGCUGCCGCUGCGGCGGUGAAUGCAGACGAGCAGCCGAGGGAACACCAGGCAGCUGGAACCGCGGCAGCGGUGGGCGAGCAGGCGACCGACGCCGCACCUGCCAGCCCCGUGCCGCCGCAGCCGCAGCAAGGGCAGCAGCAGGGCACUCCGCAGAAGCGCAGGCAGCCGGGGAGCGGCGGCGGCAAGGCGAGCGGCGGCGGCAAGGGCGGGUCAGCAAAGAAGGCCAAGCUGCCGGGCCAGAAGGACAUCACCCAGUUCUUCAAGAAGUGA